AUGCAGAUUCGCACAGUCAAGGCCAAAAGGGAAGUCAUCUUGGCGGCAGGAGCUGUUCACUCGCCCCAGAUCCUCCAGCUCUCGGGCGUCGGACCUAAAGGCGUGAUGCAGGAUCUCGGCAUCCAACCUCAAGUACACCUCCCCGGCGUUGGCCAGAACUUUCAGGAUCAUCCAACAAUAUAUCCUGUAUUCAAUUUCCAAUCUCAGCCCACACCGAACUUAGGAAUGCUGUCAUCCAACCAGACUUACGCAGCCGAGCAGCUUGCGCUUUACUGGGCGGAGCGCCAGGGACCGUACACCAUUGUUAACCAGGGCGGGAAUACCGUGACAUUCCUCCCCUUGCCGCAAAUCACCUCCGACUACCAGUCUAUCAUUGACCUUGCCAAUUCCCGAUCGGUGUCGUCUCUCUACCCUGGUGAUUACGACAGCUCGGUGCUCGCUGGCUACGAGGCACAGCGCUUAACGAUCCUCCGUCUGUACACCUCGACGCUGACCUCUGUGCAAGAAACCGGCUGGAAUGGUGGCGCUGUCAUGCCGAUUACCCUCGUCAAGCCUCUCUCCCGCGGAUCAAUCAUGAUCAACUCGACGGACGUGCUAACCCCGCCGGUCAUUGACUUCGGCGCUUUGACUGAUCCAACUGAUCUGGAAGUUCUCAUCGCUGCUCUGCGGGUCAACCGUGCGUUCAUUGCAUCGUCGGCCAUGCAGGAACUCGAUCCGAACUCCGGGAAGCACUGA